UUACCAACUAUCACAGGAUUAAUAUUCGAUAUUCUUCAAUAUCCGAUAUCCGUAUCCAGGACUGGCAUUACGAUUUGUUUGACAUUUUGAUAUACCCAUCAGCAUUGGCACCACAUAUCUACCUACGUCAAGCCUAUUACCGACCAUGACAACCAUGAUAUCCAAGAAUAGUAUUUCAGAUUCAUCGGUAGCAAAUGGAAGCGAUAACACAUCCAACCCUCUUUCAACUCCUUCAAAUACUCUUCCAAGAAAGAAAAACAAAGCACUAAAUAAACUAUCUACCACCAUUACAGCGAAAUUCACCCGACGAUUUCUGGCCUUCCCUACCCUACCCACUGAACUUCGACUCUUGAUCUGGAAGCAGGCUUUACCCGAUCCACUCGUUCACGAAUUAUACCCCAGCUGUCCGACCAGCUCACCUUAUAACUUCAAAACCAAACUUCGAUCCAACCGGCGACGAAUUCCUACCCUUUUGCAUACAUGUCGGGAAUCAAGAGAGGUGGCUCUAGCCCACUACAGUCUAAUGUCCUAUGAUCCGCCGCCCGUGGCGGAACCUCGCGAAGCCGUUGCCGGAAUCACACCAUUCUACUUUAAUCCUACCAUCGAUACUCUAUUCCUGAACUGCGUGGCGUCAAUCUUCCUCGACGUGAGAUGGUUCCUCCUCGACGAAACCCCGAAAUCAAUCGCGCCAAUGAAAGGAUGGAAGAAUGUAGCAUUAGACAGUCUACACAUGCGCUUUGUAGCCGUAGUCGCAAGCGACCUCUCAACCCCACAACACCGAAUCCGGGAAUUGUUCCCCGAUCUAGAAAAGUUGAGUAUUGCGGUUGACAGUAAAAACAGCGCCAGAAGAAGACUAAGAGCGAGUUUGCGCCCGGGACAUGCGACAGAGUUGGUAACUGUAGGUAUGGAUGAUGUGGAGGGAAGCGACGAGAUUGGUCUUUAUUUCGACAAAGAUUUUGGAUUCGCCAGCAGCGGUACCGGUGCCAGUUCGUCUACAAACCUAGCGGGAAGCGUUACGAUCACCGAGGUAGAUGAGGAUGAGGAUGAAAAUCAAGAGGGACAGACGGAAGAGAGCAGGAAACCGGAAUUAACAAUGUGCAAAGUUAAGAGAGAUAGGUUCUACGUGGGUUUAAAACAAGAUUUGGUUUAUUCCUACGUGGGCGGUUGCCAGUUACUGAGGGCUGCGCGGAGAAGAAUACUCAGGAGAGGAAGAUAGGGGGUGCUUGGUGUUGGUGAGUGGGACUCAAUUAUCCAGCGUUGCUUUUUGAAAACAAUACCUGGAUGCUAUCACAGAAGUAGGGUUCACCGUGAUGGUUAGACAUCCAGACGGGAAGGA